AGUUAGGCAAACUAUAGAAAUCCCUAGCUUCUCAUAGUCCCGCCAAAAUGUGGUCUCCCCGUUCUUAUUUGUCUUCAACACUUUCCUAGAUUGAGACGCAAGACGACGACGUAUUGGUACUCACCGGCAUCGUGUAAGCUAUGACAGUUUCCAGUGCCUUCAACGCAUUCAAGUCAUCUAAAUCCGUCGUCUGGAAAUCCGUAAACACACUCUCAGUCUCUACUGGUAGGCUUCAGCAAACCAUAGCGGGAUGCAUAGAGCGGAAGGGGAAAGGCUUGCACAGUGGAAAGGUCUCCACGGUGAAAUUGUGGCCAGAGCUUGUCAGCAAAGGAAGGUACUUUGAUUUUCAGCCCAAUGUGAUACGAGCUUCGAUUGAGUUUGCUGAGGAAUCGCCUCUGUGCACCACUCUCUGUAAAGAUGGGGUCAAAAUUCGAACGGCUGAGCACUUGCUUUCGGCUUUGGAAGCUAUGGAGGUUGAUAAUUGCCGGAUUGAGAUAAAGAACUCAGACCCCGAAGAUUUCGAUCUUGAGGUUCCUAUUUUUGAUGGGUCAGCAAGUGAGUGGGUAGAGGCUAUAGAACUAGUUGGCUUAAAAGAGGCAACAGAUCAUUGUGGCAACUGUUGUGAGAAGAUGGCAGCAUAUGUGAAUGAACCAGUGCAUGUGUGGAGGAAUGAUUCUUUUGUUGCUGCAUUUCCAUCACCAGAAAUUCGUAUCACUUACGGGAUCGACUUUCGACAGCAGGUGCAGGCUAUUGGCUGCCAGUGGUUUUCUGUGACCUCCUUGGAUAACUCUUUCUAUUCCAAGCACAUUGCUUUGUCAAGAACCUUUUGCAUUUAUGAGGAGGUGGAGCGAAUGCGGAAUGCAGGACUCAUAAAAGGGGGUGGACUAGAAAAUGCACUUGUUUGUAGUGCUAGUAAAGGUUGGUUGAACCCACCACUGCGUUUUCCAGAUGAACCUUGUCGCCAUAAGGUCUUAGAUCUUAUCGGCGAUGCUUCCCUGUUUGCAAGGUUUGGCAGUCAAGGGCUUCCAGUGGCACAUAUAGUGGCAUACAAGGGUAGCCAUGCACUGCAUUCUGAUUUUGUUCGCCGGCUAUCAGGAAUUAUAUAAAAGGAUAAUGUCUUGGUCCUCUAGAUGUCAUUGUGAUGUAGCAAAGAUCCAGAAAUUCAGAUGCAGAAAUAUGGAAGUAGAUUAUAGAAGUAGACCGGCAUAGGGUUUCAAGUUUCAACCUAUAAGUGCGCAUGUUACAGAAGUAGAUUUACCCCGGUAACUGCUUGUAUUUGAAAAUUGGCUUGGUGAAAUGAUGUAAAGUUGUAUGCCUUCAAAUUGUGUAACAACUGUUCUCGAUCAAGGCAAAAAAUUUCCCGGUAGGGCAUCCUCUGUGAAAGAGUUAAUUAGAAACGAGAUAAUCAAAGCUUGGUUCAUCAAUUUA